AUGCGAACAAGGAUUAUCGCCAUCGGAAGCUCAGUAUGGCAAGUCGUCAUCUCCGAAAGCAUCCAGUGGGAGGACGGGGACAGCCUGCAGACAUAUCUUGCACAAGACAAGAAGUUGGAACUCACGCCCCAAUCUCGUUUGUCGAGAUAUGCACUGAUCCAAGAGGGCGCAAGUCGUUAUUUUGUCUUCACUGCGCACCAUUCUGUCUACGAUGGAUGGUCGUUGUCUCACUUGUUCAGGAAGGUCGAGAGGAUCUACCAUCAGGACCCUAACGCAAAUCAGCUACACCCUGAUUUUAACACAUUCAUCGAGCACAUCAGCGGUAUCGACAAGAAGAAAAGCAGGGAUUUCUGGAGUACUUUACUCACCGGGGCGAAGCAAGCGAGAUUCCCACAGCUGCCCAAUCCCGGAUACUAUCCUACUGUUAACAAAUCAGUCCAUCUUCCAGUUGAUCUGGGAGCAGAGUCUCAAGGGGACUUUACCACUUCGACCAUCCUGCAGGCUGCCUGGACCAUUAUCCUCUCUCAGUACACGGAGUCUACUGAUGUCACGUUUGGUACUGUGGUAACUGGGCGCAAUGCUCCCGUGCCAGCAAUUAUGGAUAUUCUUGGGCCAACCGUGGCAACGGUCCCUGUCAGAGUGAAAUUGGAUCGAAGCCAACCGAUUGCGAAGCUUCUACACACCGUCCAGGACCAAGCAACCCAAAGGAUACCUUUCGAGCAAGAGGGUCUACAAAACAUCUCUCGCUUCAGUGCAGAUGCUCGGGCAGCUUGCCAAUUCCUGAGCCUGUUCGUGGUCCAGCCUCUUUCUGCGAUAGGUGGGACGAUAUUGGGAAGCGAACGGGUGGAAGUCGACUAUAACAGCGCGAGGGCUACUCCAUUGACUAUAGAGUGCAGUAUUGGCGACGGGAUGCUGGAAAUUUCGGCGCACUUCGACUCGAACCUCAUCAGCGAGCCCAGAAUGGAACUCAUCAUGCAUCAGUUUGCACACACCUUCAAGGAGAUCAGCGCCAACCUCCAGAGGUCUCUGCAGGAGAUUACACGAUGUAGCAACUACGAAAAGCAACUGAUCAAAAGAUGGAACGAGAAGAUUCCUCCAGCUAUGGAGACUUGUGUCCACCACCUGUUCAAGAAACAGGCGCUUUCUUGGCCCAAGGCGCCUGCGAUUCAUGCAUGGGAUCACCAGCUAACCUAUGCUGAGGUAGACCAGUACGCAAUGGCCUUCGCACAUCACAUUUCUCAAUUCCGUGUUGGGCCAGAAGUCCUAGUGCCAGUAGUCAUGGACAAGUCGGCGUGGACAAUCGUCGCUAUGAUUGGAAUCCUCAAAGCAGGAGGGGCAUGUGCUGCACUUGAUCCUUCGCAUCCCUCGGAUCGUCUGAGUGGUAUCAUUCAGGACACCGGAUCCCCGGUGAUUGUUGUAUCCCCACACUAUGAGGAUCGGUUUGCGGGACUAGUAGACAAGACGAUCGCCGUCAGUAAGGCACUCCUCGACGAGUUGCCUGUCCAAACUGAGGAUCCCGAGACGGCAGUCCACUACAACAACCCUGCAUUCGUCAUUUUCACAUCAGGCAGUACAGGAAAACCUAAAGGAAUUGUCAUCGAGCACGUUCAUAUAUGUACCAGCUCGGAGGCACACGGUUCGGCCAUGAACGUCGGACUGGAUAGUCGGGUGUUUUCGUUCGCAUCAUAUGCCUUUGACGUCAGCCUGGGUGAUACGUGGACUACGCUGAUGCGAGGGGGAUGUGUUUGCGUGCCUUCAGAGGAAGAUCGAAUGAACCGUCUCGCUCAAACAGUUACCGAAAUGAGGACCAACUGGAUAGGGCUGACCCCGACGGUCGCUCGUUUACUCACCCCAGAAUCAGUGCCAACAGUGAAGACACUGUCACUCGGUGGCGAGCCUAUGGCCAAAGAGGACAUUGCUACUUGGGCGGAUCACGUCAGAGUCAUCAACUUCUGUAAGUUUACCCCAAGACCCUAUGAAUGUGGACAUAAUCCAACCUUCUUAGAUGGACCGGCCGAGACUGUGAUCGGAGCAAUGAUGAGCGAUUUCUCUACUGAUCGCAGCCUCAACCCGAGGACCCUGGGUCACGGUCUUGAUGCAAACCUGUGGGUCGUGAAUCCAGAUAACCAUGACAUCCUCGUCCCCAUCGGCACUAUUGGAGAGUUGUUGAUACAAGGGCCAGCCAUCUCCCGCGGCUAUCUCAAGGACCCAGAGAAAACAGCUAAGAGCUACCUGUCUGAGAACCCUGCGUUUAUGACGGAAGCGGACUUCGGGUCAAAGCGAACCCAGAGAAUCUUUAAGACGGGAGAUCUGGUCUUUCAAAACCCCGAAGACGGUGCGCUUGUCUACAUUGGCCGAAAGGAUACUCAGGUUAAAUUGCACGGGCAGCGCAUUGAGCUUCAAGAGAUUGAAGAGCACCUGGCAGCUAACGGCCCAGAAGACAUUGACUGGGCGGUUGAACUGAUCCAAGGCUCUGAACCAGCGUCAGCCUGUCUAGCCGCGUUUUAUGCCAGCCAUGAGGCGAUUGGAAGGCGAGAUAUAGAGGUUCGAGUUCUACCCAUCGCGGACGAGAUGCGGGUCAAUUUGGCCAUCCUCGAGAAACGACUUGCGUCUCUGCUACCAAAAUAUAUGGUUCCUUCAGCAUUUGUUCCCCUAACGACCAUGCCGCUGAACACUUCAGGCAAAAAAGAUCGCCUCCAACUUCGAUCGCUGGGAGCGACCAUUCUGAACGAAGCUGGUUUCAAAUCGGCCAUGCUCAGCGAAAACGCAUCCAAGCAAAAGAGAGUCAAGCGACAGCCUGCCACCAAGCAAGGGCAAAAGAUGCAGAAACUAUGGAGUCGAAUUUUGAAGCUGCCAUUGACCUCGAUUGGUUCUCUGGACGAUUUCUUCGACCUCGGCGGCAACUCCAUCCUUGCGAUGAAGCUCGCGGCCUCUGCCCACGCCGACGGUCUCUCGCUCUCUGUUGCUGAUAUUUUCAAGUACCCGCGCCUAGAUGAUGUUUCGAAGCUCGCAACAGGCUUGAAAUUUUCCAAAGCUCUCCCUCGCCCUAUCUCUAAGCUGAGGAUGGACAAGUCCUUACAUCGUUCAGUCGUCCAGCAGCUGCCCGAUGUCGAGUCUGAUAUCCAGUAUAUUGGGGAGGCCACUGACUAUCAGGCGUGGACCGCAAUCCAUGGAAUGACUCUCCACAGAGCAUUUUAUAACCACUUGUUCGUCGAUUUUGAUGGACCUGUGGACGUCUCACGCAUGAUGGAAGCGUGCCACAUCUUGAUCCGCCAUAAUCCCAUUCUUCGAGCCGCAUUCGUGGGUCAUGAGAAUCGCAUCCUCGUCGUUGGCUUCAAUGACGUGGCUCUCGAUUUCCAGCGCUUCACGUGGAAUGAUGAAACCGAUACUGCUGCCCCUCUCUCGUGGGAGCUCGAAACCAUCAGGCUCGGAAAACCUCCAGUCCGCUUUGCGUUGGUUGAGAGACCCAACGCCGCAUGUCGCUUGGUCAUUCACAUUUCGCACGCACAGUAUGAUGGGAUCAGUGUUCCUCUGAUGUUGGAUGAUCUCAAGAUUGCCUAUACCAGCCUCAUUGGGACUCGCCGCUCGAACUUCUUUGAUUUCCUGCAUGAGAACGCAAGCAGGGACAACACGCCACAUCUGGCUUUCUGGUCCGAUCUUCUGCACGAUUCCUCAAUGACACAGGUCGUCUCUCACAAGGGCCUUCGCCAUAGCGGCCCCGUCGAUUCGUCUCUAUCUCGCACUAUUGACGCACCUGCUCUCCGGGGGAGAACGGGAGUCACCGCUGCUACCAUCUUCAAAGCAGCCUGGGCUUUGGUCCUAUCCACACUCUCUGGGAACAGAGACAUUACUUUCGGUCAUAUCACGGCAGGUCGGAAUGCUUACCCCCAAAGGUUCGACUCCACGAUCGGCGCCUUCCUUAAUAUCACUCCCGUUCGGGCCAAGCUAGAUAACGCUCCCGACAAUCAAACAAGCCUCCAGUUCAUGCACUCACUGCACGAUCAGUACAUUGACUCACUCCCUCACGAAUGCGUCGGCUGGCGCACUAUCAUCAAAUCCUGCACGUCCUGGCCGUCAUGGACCAGCUUCAGUUCGAUCGUCCAGCACCAAAACCUCGACGAUAUUUCAAAAGUUUCCUUGCCGGGUGUCGCCCGCGUUGUCUACGGAGGUUCAGCUCUACUUCUCCUCGCACAUACCUCAGUCAGGUGCACAGGCGAUGCUAGAUAUGUUCUGCGCCGCUGCCGCGAGGCUGUGCGAUCCUGCACAUCACGAAACACCAGUCAACGAUCUCCUUCAAAGCGACAACAUUCUCAUCCCAUUCAGUCCCUUGUCACCAAACACCGAUUAUGCGGACUGUCCCUCAAUUCCGGAAACCAGAGAAGAUGA